ACAGAGGAAGACCAACAAACAAAAGACAAAAAGGAACAAUUUUUUUACUAAAUUCUUGAAAAAAUUAUUCUUUUUUUGUUUAAACCCAGCAUGAAUUGUUGAAAAGAUGAAAACUUUACUGGGAAAUUACUAUUUUCUUUAAUGGGGUUUUGAUUUUCUUUUUUUUUUUAGGUGAAAAGUUUUAAUUUUUACUUUUUUUUUCUUCAAGAAUUCAUUUGCGCGUGUAGAAUCAAAAUAUAUGUCAAGUCAAUGUAUAUGAAAGAGGAAAUGUAAGAGAAAUAGAGAGAUCCCAAGUCAAUGUUCAAAGGUUUUGUGCUAAAUGGGAGAAAAAUCAAAUAUUAGAACAAUUAAUUAUUUUCUCCCAAAUUGAGUUUUUUAUUGUCUACUGUACACCCUUUUGUAUAUUGUACAAUAUGUUUGUAUAUUAUAUAUAUAUAGAGAGAGAUAGUAGCUGGCAUACUCUCUCUCUUCUUCGUUAAAUUUAUGUUACUUUGAUUCUUUGAUUUGUUCAAGCUUGAAGUUUAGGAAUACUGGGACAUAUUUUGCAUCAACUGUUGAUAAAGAUUAGAACUUUGUAGCUGAAUCUUGUGGUCAAGACUUGUUUUUUUGAGUUUUUUUGUCAAUCUUGGAAAACCCCCACCUACUAUUUCCUCUAGUUUUUGGCUAUACUUGGGUUAGUUACCCAAUUUCUUUGUGUUGGUUCAUCCUUUGUGUCUGGGGGUUUGGAGAUUUUAGUUGGGGGUCAAUUCUUGAGAAGUUAUUUAUUAUAAAGUUCUGAUCUUUGGUGUUUCUGGGCAUUUUCAGAAGGUGAUUCUUGGGAAAAAAAACUGCAUUACCUCUUUGGGAGUUUAGUUUCUUGGAUUAGUUUAUUUGGGUUGUUUCAUUUUUGGUGUCUGAGGUUUUGGAAGCUUUAGCUGGGGUUCAAUUAUUGGAAAGUAAUUUAUCAUAAAGUUCUGAUCUUUGGUGUUUCUGGGCAUUUUUCAGAAGGUGAUUCUUGGAAAAAACUGCAUUAUCCCUUUGGGAGUUUGUUUUUUCCUGUACUGUGUAGUUGGUUUCUGGUAUUGGAAUGAGGACAGGGAGAAGGAAGAAGCUACAUUUUAGCAAUUUUUACUCAUUUAGAUGUGGGAAAGCAUCAGUUUUGAGUGAUGAUCAUUCACAAAUUGGAGGGCCUGGAUUUUCCAGAGUGGUGUUUUGCAAUGAACCAGAUAGUUUUGAGUCUGGAAUUAGGGAAUAUGCUGGGAAUUAUGUCAGCACAACAAAAUAUACUGCUGCAACUUUCUUGCCAAAGUCCUUGUUUGAGCAAUUUAGAAGAGUAGCUAACUUCUACUUUCUUGUUACUGGUAUCUUGGCUUUUACACCAUUGGCUCCUUACACUGCUUUAAGUGCCAUUCUUCCUCUUGUACUUGUUAUUGGAGCUACUAUGGUUAAAGAGGGUAUUGAAGAUUGGCGUAGAAAACAACAGGAUGUUGAGGUGAACAGUAGGAAGGUUAAAGUACACCAUGGAGAUGGAGUUUUUAAUCUUACUGAAUGGCGACAUUUGAAAGUUGGUGAUAUUGUUAAGGUGGAGAAGGAUCAAUUCUUUCCGGCCGACCUUCUUUUGCUUUCGUCUUGUUUUGAUGAUGCGGUUUGCUAUGUUGAGACCAUGAACCUUGAUGGAGAGACUAAUUUGAAGCUUAAACAGGCAUUGGAGGUUACUUCAUCCUUGCAUGAAGAUGCAAACUUCAAAGACUUUAAAGCUUUAGUUAAAUGUGAAGAUCCUAAUGCUAAUUUGUAUACUUUUGUUGGAAGUAUGGAAUACGAAGAACAACAGAAUCCUCUUUCUCCCCAGCAAUUACUCCUCAGAGACUCUAAAUUGCGCAACACAGAAUAUAUAUAUGGGGCUGUUAUCUUUACUGGUCAUGACACAAAGGUCAUGCAGAAUGCAACAGACCCCCCUUCGAAAAGAAGCAAAAUUGAGAGGAAGAUGGAUAGAAUCAUUUACUUCUUAUUUGCAGUUCUAUUCGCAAUUGCUUUUGUUGGAUCAGUCUACUUUGGAAUUGUGACUGAAAAGGAUCUAGAUGACAGACAUAACAGGUGGUAUCUACAACCUGAAAAUUCAGACAACUCCGUGGCUGGUACUGCUUAUGGACGUGGUAUUACAGAAGUUGAAAAGGCCAUGGCUAAGAGAAAUGGAUCUCCACUGAUGGCAAAAAGUAAUGAUCAUGGUGAGGAUGGUGUUGUUACUCCUAGGAAGUCCACCGUUAAAGGUUUCAAUUUUGAAGACGAAAGAAUCAUGAAUGCGAGUUGGCUUUUUGAGCCUCAUUCAGAUGUAAUACAGAAGUUCUUCCGUUUGUUAGCAGUCUGUCAUACAGUCAUACCAGAAGUAGAUGAAGUUACAGGCAAGGUUUCUUAUGAAGCUGAGUCUCCAGAUGAAGCAGCCUUUGUGAUUGCUGCUAGGGAAGUUGGUUUUGAAUUCUUUAAAAGGACACAGACAAAUGUGUCGGUACAUGAAUUGGAUCUGGAAUCUGGCAAGAGAAUUGAGAGGUCAUACAAGAUUUUGAACGUUUUGGAGUUUAAUAGUACAAGAAAAAGGAUGUCUGUCAUUGUAAAGGAUGAGGACGGAAAGAUCUUGUUACUCUCCAAAGGUGCUGACAGUAUCAUGUUUGAAAGACUCGGCAAGAGUGGUAGAAGGUUUGAACAAGAAACAAGGGAUCAUGUGAAUGAGUAUGCUGAUGCAGGUUUGAGGACCUUGAUACUGGCUUAUCGUGAGCUCAGUGAAGAAGAAUACAAAACUUUCAAUGAGAAAUUUUUAGAGGCCAAGAAUUCAGUCAGUGAAGACCGUGAAGCAAUCAUUGAUGCAGUAACAGAUAAGAUAGAAAAAGACUUGAUUCUUCUUGGUGCUACUGCUGUAGAGGACAAACUUCAACCAGGGGUUCCUGAUUGCAUUGACAAACUUGCUCAAGCAGGCAUAAAGAUUUGGGUUUUGACCGGGGAUAAGAUGGAAACAGCCAUUAAUAUCGGUUAUGCGUGUAGUUUGCUUAGACAAGGAAUGACGCAAAUUAUCAUAACACUGGAAAGCCCUGAAAUUAUAGCUGUAGAGAAAGCCGGAGAAAAGAAUGCCAUUGCCAGGGCUUCAAAGGGAAGUGUUACACAGCAAAUUACUGAAGGAAAGGCUCUACUUACUGCUUCAAGCACAGAGGCAUUUGCUUUGAUCAUUGAUGGGAAAUCUCUUACUUAUGCCCUAGAUGAUGAAGUGAAAGAUAUGUUUUUAGACCUUGCAAUCAAAUGUGCCUCUGUUAUAUGCUGUCGUUCUUCACCAAAACAGAAGGCACUGGUAACAAGACUUGUCAAAAACGGUACUGGAAAGAUUACAUUGGCAGUUGGAGAUGGAGCUAAUGAUGUAGGAAUGCUUCAAGAAGCUGAUAUCGGAGUUGGAAUCAGUGGCGUCGAAGGAAUGCAGGCUGUUAUGUCAAGUGAUGUUGCAAUUGCUCAGUUCCGAUUUUUGGAGCGCUUGCUUUUAGUGCAUGGCCAUUGGUGUUAUAGAAGGAUCUCUACUAUGAUAUGCUACUUCUUCUACAAAAACAUCGUAUUUGGUGUCACUCUGUUCUUAUAUGAGGGAUAUGCAUCAUUUUCUGGACAACCAGCAUACAAUGAAUGGUUUCUGUCAACUUACAAUGUCUUCUUCACAUCACUCCCGGUGAUUGCUUUGGGAGUUUUUGAUCAAGAUGUAUCUGCCAGAUUGUGUCUUAAGUUCCCUUUGCUGUACCAAGAAGGUAUCCAGAAUCUCCUUUUCAGAUGGCGUCGUAUAAUUGGCUGGAUGGUCAAUGGCGUUUGCAGCGCGGUGAUAAUCUACUUCUUCUGCAUAACAGCACUAGAUCCUCAAGCCUUUAAAGAAGACGGUAAAGUUGCUGAAUUUCCUGUUGUUGGAGCAACCAUGUACACAUGUGUUGUUUGGGUUGCCAACUGCCAGAUGGCUCUUGCUAUCAGUUAUUUUACCUUAAUCCAGCAUAUAGUCAUCUGGGGUGGAAUUGCUCUCUGGUACAUUUUCCUUCUGAUUUAUGGAAACAUGUCUUCAACAUUUUCCACUACCGCAUACAAGAUCUUCGUGGAAGCUUUAGCCCCAUCCCCAUUCUACUGGAUCAUCUCAAUAUUGACAGUCAUUUCAGCUCUAAUUCCAUACUUUGCAUACAAUGCUAUUCAAACGCGGUUCUUCCCAAUGUACCACGGGAUGAUUCAAUGGAUAAGAUACGAGGGAAGGUCCGAGGACCCAGAGUUCUGCCAUAUGGUAAGACAGAGGUCAAUAAGGCCCACAACCGUAGGUUUCACUGCUCGUUCAUUGGCUAGAAGAGAUCCUUUCGAAGAGAAGAAAGAGCACAAUAGUAGCCAUAGAUAACACCUGAAUAGGUAUUCUCAGCAAAGACAUUAACUUUUGGACCUACAAAAAAACCACUGUCAAGCAGGAACUUGCUCAUUGUACAUGUUUCCCGAGCUGGUCCUGUACAUGACUACUGAUAUUGAAGCCACAACGUCGAGGUUCAAUUGGUGCUCAGCUAUAAUAGUAGAUAACAUGUCUGAAAUGAGCAAAGAUGUCUCAUGAGUUUGUAAAUUUUGCCAACUGGUAAUAUAUUUGUAAUUCUUUCAUUCUAUAUCCUGUAAUAUUGUUAAAAGUUUUUGUUGUUGAAUACCAGAAGCAGAAUAGCAGAUAAGCUACUUUUUCUAAUAGAAAGAGGAGUGGAUUUGUUUUGAGUUAUAAGACCCAAUGUGUACAUUUUUAUUUUAUUUUUUGCAAUAAAGAAUGAGCAUUUCUAGUUCAAAA